UUUUAUAAUUUAUCUUUCUAAAAUUUAAAUAUAAAAUCACUAGAUUCCCGUCGUAUGUAACGGAGUUAAUCCGGCAAAUCUCCCUAGCUCGAGCAAUCAAGCUACGGAGGAGAUUCAUUCAUUUCUCUCCAUCUAUAUCGGAAACGCUGCCGGAGAAUCAACGUCUAACGGCGGACUAAUUUACGUGUCGACGGAGCUAGAAGCAGCUUAUCUUCUCCAGAUCUCUAACCGAUUUUCACCGCUUCCUGUUUCACCGGUUGUGGUAAUCAAAGCAAUGGUUCUUGAUGGGAUUGUAUCUUCACCAUUGAGGAGACAACAGUCUCUAAAGAAGCAGUGGGAAGAGCUUGGUGGCUGCUCAACCGUUGUUAACAGGCAUCGAUAUCUCUUAACCGCAUUGCUUCUUUUGGGCUUUCUCUGCACGGUUUAUCUUUACUUUGCUGUCACUUUAGGCGCUAGGCACAACUCCUCCUGCUACGGCUUGGCUGGGAAAGAGAAGGCUAUCUGUCAGGCCAUCUCUAAAGGGAAACUCAAAUUGUUUUGAUAAAUUGUUCUUGUGCCACUACAUUCUUUUUUGUUUUAUUGAUUCUAUAAUGCCCAUUUGUGUGUAAUUGUUUCAUUACAUGGUGAAAAACCAGAGAUUUGUAACCUAAACAUCAAAAACAUUUUCAUUUCUGAACGUCA